AUGCCCGGGGACUUGGACGACGGCGCCCUCGGCUUCCUCUACUUCGGCUGGGCGACGGCGGUGGUCGCACCCGUCGCGGCGCGGGGGACCACGUACUUCUUCGGCGGCAUGCUGGGAGCCUGGGACUACCUCCGCCUCGUCGCCGACGCCAAGGGCGCGGAUCAAACUAAGGGGCUGCGGCGCGUGAAGAACAGCUACGCCUCGGUGGCCGAGUACGUGGGCGUCUUCGAACCUCUGCUCUUCGAGGAGGUCAAGGCGCAGAUUGUCCAGGGCCGCAGCAGCGAGGAGGACGGGGACGAGAUUGGGCUGGACUGGCAGAGAGGAGUGGUGGGAUCAUGUGCAGAGUCCGAGGGAUUCCACAAGGUGUCCAUGGCCGUGCUCGAUGCCUUUUGGGAGAUUGUGUCAGAGAAUGACAUUCUCCUGCUCUCCAAAGACAAAUUUGUGGAGGGAGUCACCCCCACUGCAUAUGCCUUUGCCAUAGUGGAACAGCGGGGUGGUAAAGGCACAAUCUCUCUUAGAACAUCUGUGGCAGGGGAAAUUAAAAAUCUGAAUGUUGCAAAGCCUGUCAAGUCUUCAAGACUAGAGCGCAUUACUUCCAUUCUCUCAACAUCAGGAAGCUUUCUGUCGAUUUUAAAGAUAUGCAGCUUGUCUACUAUACUGCGAGAGUACUCUGCAAUGCACUCUGUAGCUUCACUUCCUUUCAAGGAUUUGAUCCUUUCAGCAUCUGAGAAGAAUAAAGACGGAGAUGAUCAAAAUCGUGCCUGGAAUGUCCCUGAGCCACUUAGGGAAUACCUGAAAACAAACCUUAAUGAUUCACAGCUAGAUGCAGUUAAUGCAGGCCUUUCGCGCAGAUCCUUUGUCCUUAUUCAGGGCCCUCCAGGAACCGGAAAAACACAAACUAUCCUUGGACUUCUCAGUGCUGUUCUCCAUUCCACUCCAGCAAGAAUGCAGACCAAAGGAGGGUUCAAUGUUCAAAAGCAUGGGCCUGAGCUGGACACUGAGGGCAAGCUUGCAAACUGGAUGAAAGCAUCUUCUUGGCUGCUUGGUGCAAAUCCUCGCGAUUUGAUUAUGCCUGUUGAUGGUGAUGAUGGUUUUUAUCCUACUGGGAAUGAGCUGAAACCUGAAGUCAUAAGUUCCAGUGGCAAGUAUCGGGCCCAUGUGUUGGUUUGCGCUCCAUCCAACUCAGCACUUGAUGAGAUUGUAUUGCGUGUUCUUCAAACAGGAAUACGUGAUGAAAAUAACAACACUUACAAUCCCAAGAUUGUGCGUAUUAGACUAAAGGCGCAUCAUUCUGUCAAAGCAGUUUCCAUGGAUCAUCUUAUACAACAAAAACUUUUUGGUGUGGAUCACUCAUCAGAUGGCAGGAGAAGUGGAGCUGGUGAAUAUGAUCGAAUUAGAGCUUCUUGUCGGGUGGUAGGUGCGACAUAUGCCAACGGGUGGCUUAUCAUUGUGGGAGCCAGUAAGACAUCGCCGGUGCCUGGAAACGGGAUAAGGCGAAGACAUGCACGCCGGCGAAUCUUACCCAGCAUGCUGGCGAUGGCCGUGCCGCGCUUCUUGACCAGGCCGGCUCAGCUCGGCCCGGCAGGAGGCGGCAUACCAAAGGCGGCGCAGUCGACUUCACACUGGUGA